GCUAACUUCACGCGAGUCAAAAAUUGCGCACAGCCAACUUCGCGUUACAGAAACAUAAAUAAUUUUAUAAGUUGCUUGUUUCGGCUGCUCAAAUUAAUUUUAGUUUAACUGAAACAAGCAUGUCGAUAGCUAAGCGUGUACAGCAAUGGGCCACAUUUGCGCGGACUUGGCACAUUUAUGAUUGCACCUGGCAAAACCCUUUUGAGUCCGCUCGCCUGGUCAAAACACAUCUGAUGGGCCUACACAAGCCCAUAUACCAUCCAAUGAAUGACUGUGGCGACCAUGUGGUGCUGAUCAACACAAAGGAGAUAGCGCUGCCGGGCGAUGAGUGGGUUAAGCGUGUCUAUUUCCAUCACACUGGCUAUCCAGGUGGCGCAUCCUGGACACUGGCCUGGCAGCUGCACAACAAGGACCCCACCAUGGUCAUGAAGAAAGCUGUGUACAAUUCAAUGGAUGGAAACCUGCAGCGUAGACACACCAUGCAGAGAUUGCAUCUCUUUGCCGAUGACAAAGUGCCUGAGGAGAUUCUGGCAAAUGUUACGAAUCAGAUACGCACACCGCGCACAGUGCCUCAGCGUCUCGAUCACAUUGACAAGGAAACACUGGAAAAUUUCCCCGCCAUUAUGGAGUAUCCUAAGGAUUAUGUGUUGCGUUAAGCACGCCUUCAAGUAUUGUUAAGUCAAAUAUAAAAAUUGAUAUUUAAAAAAAAAACGCUUUUU